CGCCGCCGCCGCCGCCUGCCGUGCCCGCCGCGCGCCCCUCGGAGCCCCGCGCCCACCAUGCCCAACAUCGUGCUCUUCAGCGGCAGCUCGCACCAGGACCUGUCCCAGCGCGUGGCCGACCGGCUGGGCCUGGAGCUGGGCAAGGUGGUCACCAAGAAGUUCAGCAACCAGGAGACCAGCGUGGAGAUCGGUGAGAGUGUGCGGGGCGAGGAUGUCUACAUCAUCCAGAGCGGCUGUGGAGAAAUCAACGACAACCUGAUGGAGCUCCUUAUCAUGAUCAACGCCUGCAAGAUUGCUUCAUCCUCCAGGGUGACCGCAGUGAUCCCGUGUUUUCCAUACGCCCGACAAGAUAAAAAGGACAAGAGUCGUGCUCCGAUUUCUGCGAAACUCGUGGCCAACAUGCUCUCUGUGGCCGGGGCGGACCACAUCAUCACCAUGGACCUGCACGCCUCCCAGAUCCAGGGCUUCUUUGACAUCCCUGUGGACAACCUGUACGCGGAGCCUGCAGUGCUGCAGUGGAUCCGGGAGAACAUCAGCGAGUGGAGGAACUGCAUCAUCGUGUCCCCCGACGCCGGCGGCGCCAAAAGGGUCACGUCCAUCGCCGACAGGCUAAAUGUGGAAUUCGCCCUGAUUCACAAGGAGAGGAAGAAGGCGAACGAAGUGGACCGGAUGGUUCUGGUUGGCGACGUGAAGGACCGUGUAGCCAUCCUCGUGGACGACAUGGCAGACACUUGUGGCACCAUCUGCCACGCUGCAGACAAGCUGCUCUCGGCUGGGGCCACCAAAGUUUACGCCAUCCUUACCCAUGGGAUCUUCUCUGGGCCAGCUAUUUCCAGAAUAAACAAUGCGGCCUUUGAGGCUGUGGUUGUCACAAACACGAUUCCACAAGAGGACAAAAUGAGACACUGCUCCAAGAUUCAGGUGAUCGACAUUUCCAUGAUCUUGGCUGAGGCUAUCCGCAGGACUCACAACGGAGAAUCGGUGUCCUACCUGUUCAGCCACGUCCCCCUCUAAGUCCAGGACGUGCAACAUGGAGUGAGCCUGCCCUGGCUUCUGACACAUGUGCUUGUCUGAUUUUUUUUAGCUUUAGGACUCAGCAAUUAGGAGAUAACGCAAAAGUAUCAGAUCUUUGUAUACUCGGGGAUCCAUCCCCCCUUUCUGAAGCGCAAGACCAUUUAGUUCCAGUUUGCAGGGAAGGGCGGUGGUUAUUUAAUCUGUCAGUGAACUGUCUUCAGUGAGAAAUGUUUUCGUCGCCUUGACUUACAUUGAUAGGUCACCUUUUCCUCUGUUCCGUCACUACUUUGAGGCCACAGCUUUCGGGUAUGGAAUUCCAGUGUGGAAGUUUGUAGUUUAUAUAUUGCGGGGUUGCCAAAGGUGACUUCAGAUGAAAUCCUUCUGUGUAAAUAUGUAAUGAUAAUGCCUAUGGACAUUUGGGUAAAACCCUAUAGAAAAGUAGCCCUUUAAUUCUCAGUGAACCUUAGGAAAUUUAUAAUACCAUAGAUUCUGAAUUUUUGUAAGUAAAUCAUUUUGGUUAUUAUGCUUAAUCUGGACCAAAUUUUAUGUAGCCUAAGAUGGACGCUGACACAUUAAUUUUUUUGGUAAACAUUAGACAGAUGGGGGGGGGCAAUACGAUUCAGUAUUUUUUAAUUCCACUGGUAGAACUAUCACUUAACCUGAAAGGCCAUGGUUUCAGAUUCCAAAAUUAUGUUCAGCGAUAGGUCUGAUUUAGCGACCAUUUUGAGAUGGCGUCUUUGAGCUCAGUCACACAAGUGGUCUCAAGAAAUUAAGGAGCACAAUUCUUUGAGCCCCAUCUCAUGUCCUAUCUCCUUCCUCUUUUACGUAUUUUUAGCACUCAUUUUUUGCAUUUUUCCAAUAAUUCAUGUUUGGCUUUCCACCAAAAUAAAGACUCCCCUGAGUCCUCUCAAAUUUAGUAGUCUGAUCGUUAUUUUGCUUUCAACGUAAGUAAAAAGAUGAAUUUUUGUGAGUGCCACCAAAUGCGUAUUUAAACAUUGCUUCAUUGUUUGGUUUCACUUUUUUUUUUUGCCUUUUGUGAUCCGAAGUAGUAAGUCAUCUAAGCAACUGAUGAAUUUAACUAAAACUGUUACAUGAAAGCUGUGUGCAAGAAGUACGUCAGCGGCUGCACGUACUAAUGUUCACAUAGUCUCCCCAGUGUAUACUAGACAGCCUUUCCGGCACCCUCCUAAGCGAGAUGUCCCCACCUCUGGCACAGGGCACACUGAUUCUGUGAAUUUUAUGUUAUGCACGUGGGUCGAUAACCAACAGAAUUCUUCAGCCCCAAAAGGUGAGAAUUUGGCUACACAGAUAAAGCCUGGGAAUAAGAAACAAUAGUCGCUCCCUUCUGCUGAAUCUUAAAACUUAAAUCUUAAGUUUUAAAUUUAGUCUUAAAUUCUUUUACAGGUGAAAAACAAAUGUAUUUAUGUCACCAAGAAACUUGAAUAGCAAUCUUUCAUGUUCACUGCAACAGAGGUUGAAUUAAAGUUAAAAAGUAUUUUUAGUUGCUGCAGAAACUACCAUUUUGCUGUACCUUUAAAUGGCUCUUGAGAAAAAUGCCUACUGUAACUUGGUAAAGUCACAAACUGACUAUCUAGAAAGAGUUGACUUGAGAUGUAUAAAGAGCCUAUUUAGAUGCUCUGUGACUUAUUUUUGAUAAAUAUGGUAUCUGUAUUUCUUGGAAUUUUGAUGCUUAGGGAAAUGCAAAUGUAGUUAGGAGCAUGCAUAUGUAGACAGCCUGGCAUAUGAGUUAACAUAACUAAAACCUGUUGAUUUAAAGGUAAUCAUUUCAUCCAAGAGAUGGAAAGUCUAGGGAUGUAUAGAGUUAGUAUUGAAAUAAUCAUCUUGGAGAUAAAAGAUAAAGAUAUGAACAUACCAAAGUUAAACUUCCAACUUAAAUGUUGUUAGUCAACUUCUACAACUCUGUCAACUAGAUGCAGGAGCAAAUCAUUUGCAGUGCUUGUGGGUUUAGAAGAUAAAAUUUUAAGAUCCUCCAAUGCUGUACUGAAACAUUUCAAUAAAAAUCUCUUUUCUCGUGGUUUGUAUCAUCACUGUGGAGUAAUGUUUUGAUG